UGGCCGGCUACUGGAGGCAAAGCAGACCCUCCAGUCCCCGCAUGCCGCCUCCGGAGCAGUCGGAGCAGCCGAGGCCCAAGAGCCGGCAGCACGAGCCUACCGGCGCGAGAUACAACAACCUCGGCUACUGGCGGGCGAGAAGAGUCACUUUCUACAAAAAUGGCGACCCCUAUUUCCCCGGCGUGGAGUUCAGAUUUAAGCCCGGCCGCGAUAUUGGCUCGCUGGAAGCUCUCCUGGACCGGCUGUCCCUGCGACUGGAUCUACCAAGGGGCGCGCGUCAUAUCUUCUCGAUGGAUGGCGACCGGAAAAUUAGUCUCGACGAACUUGAGGACGGCGCCUCCUACGUAGUGUCCAGCUACAAAACAUUCAAGCCGGCCAGCUACGGGAAGAAGAACAAUACCUGGUACACAACCCCUGCUACCGGAGGCGGCGGGGCUACGAGUCUCAGUAGGAAGGCUUCCAUCAGUGACGAGGCACCGCCCCCAGGCGGGGGUGGAAAGCCCUCAUCGGGUCGUGUCAUCCGCAUUGUCAACAACCACGAUCACACCGUGCAGUGCCGAGUCCUGCUAAAUCUUCGCACCUCGCAACCCUUCGAGGAAGUCCUGGAGGAUCUUGGGCAAGUGCUGAAGAUGAACGGAGCCAAGAGGAUGUUCACCGUUUCAGGACAAGAGGUGAGGAGCUUCUCACAGCUGAGGAACGAAUUCGCCGAUGUAGACACGUUUUACCUCGGCACCGGCGCGGUCCUCGGCAUGGCCGGCGCCAUUACGACGUCUCCGGCGCGAAGAUCUCGUUCGCGCGGGCCACCCCCUGUCGUCGAAGAGGUCGGUCGCCAGAGAAGAGCGCGCAGCAAGAGCAGACCUCGGGCUCUGUACGCCGCCGACUCAGAAGUUGUUCGAGUGAACGGAUACAUCGUAUUCCGAACAGAUUACAGUGUGGUGGAGGUGUUGCGCGAGGAGCCGGCCAGGGUGACGAUCAGGGGACUCAGGCGCUCUUUCUACCCGCCUUCGCACUUACCCCCGGUCGACAACUCGCCGCCGGAGAAGAAGCUGCAACUGGAGUGGGUGUACGGUUACCGGGGCACCGACACCCGUCGAAAUCUCUGGGUCUUGCCCAGCGGCGAAUUAUUGUAUUACGUCGCCGCCGUGGCGAUACUCUUCGACCGGGAAGAGAACGCGCAGCGGCACUACAUCGGUCACACGGAAGAUAUCACCUGCAUGGAGGUUCAUCCCAGCCGAGAACUCGUGGCGUCCGGUCAGAGAGCCGGCAGACACAGAAAGGCUCAGCCUCACGUGCGCAUUUGGUCCACGGAGACCCUACUCACCCUUUACGUGUUCGGCAUGACCGAGUUCCAGAUGGGCGUAUCGGCACUCGCGUUCUCGCAGUUGAAUGGCGGUAGUUACGUGCUGGCCGUGGACGCUGGAAGAGAGGCCAUACUAUCGGUGUGGCAAUGGCAGUGGGGUCAUUUACUGGGCAAGGUGGCGACCAUGCAGGAGGAUCUCACAGGUGCGGCGUUUCACCCGCUGGACGACAACCUAUUGAUAACGCAUGGACGCGGCCAUCUGACCUUCUGGAAUCGUCGAAAAGACGGUUUCUUCGAACGAACCGACAUUAUCAAACCUCCAUCGCGCACGCACGUGACGAGCCUCCAGUUCGAGCAAGAUGGCGACGUGGUGACGGCGGACAGCGACGGCUUCAUCACAGUGUACUCAGUGGACGCGGACGGCGCGUAUUUCGUGCGAAUGGAGUUCGAGGCGCACAACAAAGGCAUCAGCUCCCUCGUCAUGUUAUCGGAGGGCACAUUGCUCUCUGGCGGUGAGAAGGAUCGCAAGAUCGCCGCAUGGGACUCACUACAGAACUAUAAACGCAUCACUGACACAAAGCUACCGGAAUCGGUAGGCGGAGUGCGCAGUAUAUAUCCGCAACGGCCCGGCAGAAACGACGGCAACAUUUACGUCGGGACAACGCGGAACAACAUUCUGGAGGGUUCCCUGCAAAGAAGGUUCAAUCAAGUAGUGUUCGGUCACGGUAGACAACUGUGGGGUUUGGCGGUUCAUCCUGACGAUGAGGUGUUCGCUACCGCAGGCCACGACAAGAACAUCGCCUUGUGGCGGAGGCACAAGCUUCUUUGGACCACGCAGGUGGGUUUCGAGUGUAUCUGUAUCGCCUUCCACCCGUUCGGCGUGGCACUCGCGGCGGGCUCAUCGGAGGGUCAUCUCUUGGUGCUGGCGGCCGACACCGGUGCCGCCGUGGCGACCCUGCGGGUGUGUGGAUCACCGCUGUCUUGCAUCGGAUACAAUCCCACCGGGGAGAUAGUGGCCAUGGGUUCCCAGAACGGCAGUGUAUACCUCUUCAGAGUGUCGCGGGACGGAUUUUCGUACAAAAAGAGCAACAAGAUCCGUGGCACGCAGCCAUUGGUCCAGCUCGACUGGAGCUCCGACAGCCGUUUCCUCCAGACUGUCACCCAAGACUACGAUCUCGUGUUCUGGGACGUCAAAGUGCUGUCGUCGGAGAAGAGCCCGUUGGUCAUGAAGGACGUCAAGUGGUACACUCAUAACUGCACCGUCGGCUAUAUGGUUUCCGGUAUGUGGAAUAACCGCUACUAUCCUUUAACGACGGUGGUGACCACCUCCAGCAGAUCGGCGGCUCACGAUAUGUUAGUUAGCGGAGACGCCGAAGGUUACUUGAGGCUUUUUCGGUACCCGUGUACUAGUGCUAAAGCAGAGUACGUGGAAGAGAAGGUGUACAGCUCGCUAGUGGCGUGCGCCAGGUUUUUGUACAACGACCAGAACGUCGUCACCGUUGGCGGCACCGACGCCGCACUGAUGCUCUGGGAAUUGGUAGACGAAUAGAAGGAGAGCAGCAUUUGAGAUAGAACGAAAACUGAUGAUUUGUUGAUUCAUUUUCGCUUUAUCAUCAGCGUUACGGCUCGUAUCUCUUCAGAAUCCAGAAA